UUUGGAGUCAUAUACUCUAUCAAUUCGAUCUCCCCUGAAAGUUGUUUGCCAAAUUUUUUUGCCGGUAUUUCCAAACCUGAAAGUUGUUUCCCGGUGCCAGACAGUUAUUCGUGAAAAGCUCAAGUAGUAUCGGCUAACUAUCGGCUAAUAAUUACCUAGCCUCGGACCGCUUCGUAAGUAAUAGGAGGUAAAAUCUCGGUUAGAAAUGAAUUAAAAUUCAAUUUGGCUUAUUUGGAGGUUUUUGCAAAUUUCGCAAGGAGGUCUGUCUGCAGGGUUCAGAGCUGCUAGGGUUUUUGAACUCCCACAUCGAAGCCAUGCCCACAGUUAGCGUUGGGCGGGAUCGCCUGUUUGAGGCUCUGGGACAAUCUUACACGCAGGAGCAGUUCGAGGAACUCUGCUUUGACUUUGGAAUUGAACUGGAUGAUGUUACUACUGAGAAAGCGGUUUUGAGGAAGGAGAAACAUUUGAACGAGGAAGCUGCUGAAGACGAAGAGGUUAUAUACAAGAUAGAAGUUCCUGCAAAUCGCUAUGAUCUACUAUGCCUUGAAGGUCUUGCACAAGCACUACGCAUAUUUAUUGGCAAAGAAAAAGUUCCUAACUAUAAAGUAAUGGAUAUACCAGUCAAUUCUAUGCUGAAAAUGCAUGUCAAGCCAGAGACAUCGUUGAUAAGACCAUUUAUUGUUUGUGCUGUAUUGAGGAAUAUCACUUUCGAUGAAGCUAGGUAUAACAGCUUUAUUGAUCUUCAAGACAGGCUCCACCAGAAUCUUUGCAGGAAGAGAACCUUGGUUGCAAUUGGAACGCAUGACUUGGACACAUUACAUGAACCUUUUACAUAUGAGGCAUUGCCGCCAUCCCAAAUUAAGUUUAUUCCAUUGAAACAGGUGAGGGAAUUUAGAGCUGACGAGCUUAUGGAAUUCUAUAAGUCGGACAUGAAAUUAAAGAAGUUUUUACAUAUCAUUGAGAGCUCUUCUGUAUUUCCAGUGAUCUAUGACAGCAAGAGGACCGUAUUAUCUUUGCCUCCCAUAAUUAAUGGUGCUCAUUCUGCUAUUACUUUGAAAACGAAGAAUGUAUUCAUUGAAUGCACAGCAACUGACCUGACAAAAGCAAAAAUUGUUCUGAAUACAAUGGUGACAAUGUUUUCAAUAUACUGUGAAAAGAAAUUUGAGGUGGAGCCAGUUGAGGUGAUAACCUCGGAUGAAAAAUCUUUCAUUUAUCCAGAUCUCUCUGUUUGGAACUUGGAGGUUGAUAUACCAUAUAUUAUUCAAUCGAUUGGCAUUCCUAUAAAAGCGAAUGAGGCAAUAAGUUUAUUGAACAAGAUGCAGUUGCCUUCCAUAAGUGAAAAUUCUAAUAUCUUGGUGUCGAUACCACCGACAAGAAGUGACGUUCUCCAUAAGUGUGAUAUAAUGGAGGAUGUGGCUAUUGCUUAUGGGUUUAAUAAUAUUCCCAAGACCAAGCCGAAGUCCUUAACUCAAGGGAAGCAACAGUGCUUGAAUCAUGUCAGUGACUUGAUAAGGUUAGAGAUUGCCAUGGCAGGCUUCACAGAAGUGUUAACAUGGAUAUUAUGCUCUUAUGAAGAAAAUUUUUCUAUGGUGAAUAGAAAGGAUGACAAAAAGACUUCAGUGGUCAUUGGAAACCCUCGAUCAAGUGAAUUUGAGACUGCUCGAAUAAGUCUCUUGCCUGGUAUUUUGAAGACAACAGGACAUAAUAAAGAUCAUCCUCGGCCUAUAAAGAUAUUUGAGGUGGGCGAUGUUGUGAUCUUGGAUGGUGAAAGGGAUGUUGGUGCUGCAAAUCAUCGCCAUCUUGCUGCAUUAUAUUGCAACUCAAAUUCAGGAUUUGAGGUAAUUCAUGGUCUGGUGGACAGAAUUAUGGAAGUUGUUGGUGUACCUUUUGUUUCAGUGGGAGAUGAUUCGGGCUAUUAUAUAAGGCCAUCUCAUGAGCCAGAGUUUUUCCCUGGUAGACAAGCAAAUAUUAUAUUUAAAGGGAAGAGUAUUGGAGCAUUUGGAAUUGUGCAUCCCGAGGUUCUGGCUCGUUUUGAUAUUCUUGAUCCUUGUUCUAUGGUCGAGAUGACUAUUGAACCAUUUUUGUAGACUGCUAUUUGUGGAAUGGCAAUAUGAAUUUCACCAACAGAUUCUGUGAAUGUUGCGACCUUUUAUCUGAAAAAAGCUUCUCUCUCACACUCACUCACACACACGUGCAUGUGUGUGCGCACAAGGGUCACCAAUGACAUAAACUUGAGGAUGCAUUCCAUCUUUCUUCACAUAAACUGGCAAUUUUAUGUUGUAACAGCCGUUUUGUAUUCUUUGUAUUCGGAAAAACAAUUUUCGAAUGAGGUGUAUGACAACAUUCCAAAGUUUAGCAUCCCUAUUGCAACUGGAUUGUGGAAGCAGAAUUGGUCAUAAAUGUCACUUUCUUGGUUUUCUAAUCUUAUUUUGAAGUGCUCUGGUUCUGGAUGAUCUUUAAGGUAGACAGACCAAAACUAAUUUAUUGCUUUUAUGGCAAAAGUUUGCCAUACAAGAUUGAACAUUAGAUCAGCUAAUGUGGUGUGUAAUAAAAUCGAAGUACUCGGUGCAAUUCAAAAAUCUGGGCAUGAGGCUAAUUCAAAAUAAGUUUGACUGAAGAAGCCUCGAAUGAUUGUUAUGUUGAAUAGUUUAUAUUAAAUUUCUGAUAUAUUCUAUUUUUAAUGAAUAAUUAAGCUAUAUGAACUUUUCUUACUA